AUGCAAUUAAUCUGCUCAGAUAUUGAUGGAGGAUCGUAUGAGAUCUUGGAGAAUGCAGGUCAUCUACCUCUUGCAUAUAUCACUGCUUCAGUCCAUGGACUCCACGAUAUUGCUAAUCGUAAAGGAAUAUUUGAGGGUGGUCUUGAUAAUACAGACAGAAGUGCAGAAGAGGAUUAUGAAGAGGCUGCAGACGCCGAUUGGAGUGAGGCUUUGGAUAUUGGCGAAGUGGAAAACAUGCAAAAUGGAGAUAUUAGUAUGGUUCUGGGGGAAGAGGACGUGCACAUGGAAAUUAAGAGGAAGGAAUUGACUGACAAUCCAAUUCGUCAGCAGGAAUUGGCAGCUUAUUUUACCCACUGCAAGCUCCAACUUCCUCACCGGAGACUUCCACUGGUGAGGAAUUGGCCUGCUUAA